GCGCGAUCUACUAGCACAAAAUGCAGCGCGGUCUACCAAUGCAACCCACUGUCGUGCUCCUUCGGGAGGGCACAGACACAUCUCAAGGAAACCCGCAGCUUUUGUCUAACAUAUCCGCGUGCCUUGCCGUAUCCCAGACACUCUCCAGCACGCUUGGUCCGCGUGGAAUGGACAAGCUGAUCGUGAAUGAACGUGGCGAAGCACAGAUUACCAAUGACGGCGCAACGAUCUUGAAACUUCUUGAUAUUGUUCAUCCGGCUGCAAGGACCCUCGUCGACAUCGCACGUGCCCAGGAUGCAGAAGUCGGUGAUGGGACUACCAGUGUAGUACUUUUGGCUGCACAGUUUCUCAAAGAAGUUCGUGGAUACAUCGAGGAGGGUGUCAGCCCGCACAUCAUCAUGAAGGGAUUCAGGAAGGCGUCACAACUAGCUGCAGAACGCAUCAAGGCAAUUCAGAUUAGUGUUGACAAGUCCGAUCCUGAGCAAUUCCGAUCUCUUCUACUCAAAUGCGCAGCGACAUCAAUGUCAUCAAAAUUGAUCCAUUCGGAAAAACCAUUCUUCUCGAACAUGGUCGUUGACGCUGUUCAGAGCUUAGAUCCAAACGACUUGGACGAGUCGCUCAUCGGGGUGAAAAAGAUUCCAGGAGGUGGCAUGCAAGACUCUCAGUUGAUCCGUGGUGUUGCUUUCAAAAAAACUUUCACGUAUGCUGGUGCUGAGCAACAGCCGAAGUCCUUCCAGGACCCUCUCAUUCUCAGCUUGAACGUGGAGCUUGAGUUGAAAGCUGAGAAGGAUAAUGCAGAGGUUCGAGUGGAGGCGGUGAAGGACUACCAGGCAAUCGUUGAUGCAGAGUGGGAGAUCAUUUACAGGAAGCUGGAAGCGAUCGAGAAGACUGGUGCCAAAGUGGUGUUAAGCAAAUUGCCAAUCGGAGAUCUGGCCACUCAGUGGUUCGCCGACCGCGACAUCUUCUGUGCUGGUCGUGUACCGGCUGGUGAUCUUCGCAGAGUAUGUCAAGCAGUCGGAGGUUCCGUGCAGUCAACGUGCUCGGACAUAGCCCGGGAGCAUCUCGGAACUUGCGGUCGGUUCGAAGAGCGUCAGGUUGGCGGCGAACGGUAUAACAUCUUCGAGGAGUGUCCCAAAGCACAGACAUGCACACUACUUCUUCGUGGCGGCGCAGAACAGUUCAUCGAAGAAGUGGAACGUAGUCUACAUGACGCCGUCAUGGUCGUUAAGCGAGCGAUCCGCAAUGGCGAGGUGGUAGCCGGAGGCGGAGCCGUCGAGAUGGAUGUAUCCGCGCACAUUCGGAAGCACGCGCUGUCUAUUCCUGGGAAGCAGCAGCUGAUUUUGACUGCUUUCGCAAAAGCACUAGAAAUUAUUCCUCGGCAAAUUUGCGACAAUGCAGGUCUGGACUCUACUGACAUUCUUAACAAACUGCGCAUGCGACAUGCCGCUGGCAACAAAUGGUUCGGAGUAGACGUUGACGGUGCGGAAGGUGUCCGCGAUAACAUGGAGGCAUUUGUUUGGGAGCCUCCGCUCGUCAAGUUGAACGCAAUCAGUAGUGCAACCGAAGCCGCAUGCCUCAUCCUCAGUGUUGACGAGACAGUGAGAAACCCACAAAGCGAAGCACAAAGCUCAGGGCCAAAAGCACCACCUGGUGCAGCAGCUCGUGCUCUCCGGGGCAGGGGCAGGGGCAUGCCCAGACGGUGAAGGAGACGGCAUCGCCGGCAAAAGAUUACAAGGAGAAGUGUGACCAUCAUUAUGACGCGUACCGUACCAUUUGUUCUCAGCAAUCAAGCGCUAAUCAUGGUACUUGCAUGGACAUAAGCCUGGGUCGUCAUCAAAAUAGAAGCUUUCCCUGGGAAAGGGACUAUCUUUGCUAUUGCGCCAUUGUGUUGCAGAAUGAGAUGCCUUGUCACGAAGACAGCGCCAUUUCUGAGCCUCUUUGCCUCAUUUUUGUAUCUAAUCUGAUAUACAUCUCACCAGGAUACUAAAGCUCUAGCAUCC